GACCACAAGCACAUUCCUAGCCACAUCAAAAGGCCUAAAUUCAAUUAUCCAGUAUUCCACUACACACCAUCUCAAUAGUGAAGCUCUAAACGACUGUCAAGUAUGGUAGUUUCUUCGUGCUCUUUCAGCUGCACUUCACUUUACUUAUCCCAUAAGCUAAACUUGCCACGUUCAAAUUAUUUGCAUCAAAAUAAUGCAACUUCAUCUCCCAACACUGUCUUUUGUGCAAUGGAGACACCCGCCAGUGGAGAAAGCCACUGUCAGAGAAGACCACUAUUGUUGGGUAUUGGAGCAUUAACAGCAAGUUUACACCCAGCAAAUUCACUCCUUGCUCAAGACAGGUACCGAGCUUUUGUGGACUAUGAAGAUGGGUAUUCUUACGUAUAUCCAAUAGAUUGGAAAGAAUUUGACUUCAGGGCACAUGAUUCUGCAUUCAAAGACAGAAUUCUUCAGUUGCAAAAUGUAAGGGUGAGAUUUAUACCCACUGAGAAGAAAGACAUCAGAGAUUUGGGUCCAUUGGAAGAGGUUGUAUCCUAUGUAGUGAGACAUAGAUAUGCUGCACCAAACCAAAUACCAACAAUAUAUGAGAUGCAGGAGCGAACAAUAGAUGGAAAACAUUACUAUACAUUUGAAUAUGUACUCACAUCACGAAAUUAUUCUAGUGCCUCCUUUGCAACAAUUGCUAUAGGAAAUGGAAGGUACUACACGUUGAUUGUGGGAGCCAAUGAAAGGCGAUGGAAAAGAUUCAGAGAUCAGCUUAAAGUGGUAGCAGACUCCUUUAGGCUUCUUGACAUUUGAAACAUCACAGGAGAAUGCAUGACAUGUUCUAAUUUUCCCACAUAUCAAGUUUGAAAUGUGUAUAUCAAGAGCCAAAUAAAUUUUUGCAAGUGAAUGAUAUAAUCUAUCAUACUAAUA